CCGGGUUAUCCCUAGCCGAGUCCGAAUUGGAGAGAAGCGAAGAACUGAUGGAGUUAUUCUCAUCUUCUUCCACUUCUUCUCUCCCGCAACUCUCUUCACUCGUCUCUUUCGCCCUUUCGCGCCGGUCAUCGCCUGCUUCCCUCGCCCUUCAUGCUACCCGAAGGCCCUGCAAACUCUCCCGACCCGCUCCAAGGACCCUCCGAUGCUACUGUCAGCGGCAGUCGGUGCAAGAGUUCGAGCGGCUCUUCUCGAAUCUCAAUCAGGCUACCAUGAAGAGGGAGCCAGGUCAAGGCAGCGUCACUAGCGGAAUCUUUCUGGUAACUGGCACCACGGUAGGUGCAGGCAUCCUUGCAAUUCCUGCAGUCACUCAAGAAGCAGGAUUUCUAGCCUCUGCAAUAACAUGUAUUGCCUGCUGGCUGUAUAUGGUUGUGACAGGACUAUUGGUUGCAGAAGUAAAUGUAAAUACCAUGUGUGAACUCGGCUCUGGAGGUGUCUCAUUGGUCUCAAUGGCCAAGAGAACGCUAGGAAAAUUUGGGGUUCAAGUUGCAUGCUGGUCCUAUCUAUUUAUUCAUUAUGCACUCCUUGUUGCUUAUGUGGCUCGCUCUUCAGAGAUUUUAACAAACACCUUCAGCAUUCCAGUGUGGGAGAGUGCUACCUUGUUUUCCUUGGUGUUUGGAGGCUUAUGCUAUUUUGGAAGCCAACGAUUUAUUGGAGCAAUAAAUGGAUUUCUUGUGUUUGGCAUCAUUGGGUCUUUUGCAUCUCUUGUGGGUGUGGCAGCUGGUGAUUUACAUUGGGAUUCUCUUCUUCAGGUCCAUUUAGAGGCUAUCCCACAAAGUAUACCUAUAAUAGCUCUUUCGUUUGUGUAUCAGAAUGUAGUUCCAGUGCUUUGUACAAACCUUGAAGGGAACUUGUCAAAAGUAAGGACUGCAAUUAUUCUCGGAACAGCCAUUCCACUUCUUCUGUUUCUUAUAUGGAAUGCUGUAAUUCUUGGUAGUAUUCCUGAUCUAAGUAAUAGUGCUACCCUGAUUGACCCACUGCAACAAUUACGUAAUGACAAUGGAAUAGUUGGACCAGUUAUUCAGGUGUUUUCAUUUUUUGCAAUAGCAACAUCAUACAUUGGAUUCAUCCUAGGACUUGCCGACUUCAUUGCUGACUUGCUUAAAUUGCCGAGUGGCGAAAGAAUACCUUUGCCCUAUUUGUUAACUUUGUUUCCACCUUUGGUCCUAUCAUUGCUUGAUCCAGAGAUAUUUUUCAAAGCAUUGGAUUUUGCUGGCACCUAUGGAGGUAAACUGUCAUCAUUAUUGGCCCCUUUCUUCUAUUCUUAUUGUGCAAGAUGGUUACAACAUUGACAGAGAAAUUAUAAACAUAAUUUAAAGAGGAUAAAGAAAAUAAAGUAUGCAUCCAUACAGAAAUAUGGUUUGAUAAAUUAAUGAUUCAUUCAUUGUCCUAAUGCCAAAUUUUUAGUUUGAUAUAGAUAUAGAUAUAGAUUGUGGAUUAACCUUUCAAGU